AAAUAGCUGAUUUAAGCAGAUUCUUUAAUGUAAAAAGGGUUUUAUUUUGCAAUACGCGACUGAUAAUACAUCGAAUAUUAAACAUAUUGGCUUAUUUCAGCAAACAUUCAAAAUUCAGUUUGCUGUCACCCAACAGUUGGCUUACUUAAACUAAAAUCUCUCAUUCUUUUGUCUUCGAAAGUACAUCUAAAACAUGAAACAAAACAAAAUGUAAAAAUGAUAUUCAUUUUGAGAACAUAGCGAAUCUUCCAGAAGGUUUAACUCAUUUCCGGCGUUCAUGAAGCGCACGCGCCGCGGGACUAUUGAGAAGCACGUUCAGGCCAAGUGCCACUUGUGUGUCACAGCGUGGCAGAUAACGGACGGCGCGUGCGAGAAGGCGGGUAACUAAUAUAACCUGCGGCAUUACUGCAUAGUUAAGAAGUAACCAGCCAUUACAAAGUCAUCAGCUGAGGAGCUGAACUCGGUGUAAACUGGAUGCUGGCUAGAUCCCUGAAGGGAAGCGAUGGCGGAUUCCCAACUAGCCCCUGUAUUCUUUGAGGAUUUGGCAAGAAAGAAGAAAAAGUCAAAGAAUAGUGAAAAAUGCAAAAAAGACAAGCUGAGGAAGGCGGGGAAGCAGCUGUCCUGGGCAGACAAGGCCGAAGACUGUUUUGCAAGCAUGACUCAAAAAAAUACCAAGAAAGCUAAAAAAAACAAACAUAAAAAACGCAAGAAGGUGAAAUUAAAUCCAGUGGAGGGCUUUCUUUCUCCGCCACAGCAAGGUAAAUACAAAGGUGAGCUCCUAGGUUGUUUGAAUGAAAGCAAACUCGCACCUGUUACAACACAGCUGGGCACAUGUGAAGAUAUCAAAUAUGCUGGCUGUAGGGAAUUCCAGAACUUUCCCUCUGUAUCUGCAGGGCCAUAUUUUUCACAGCAGCAGGCCAAGCAAAGUCGCAUUCAAAAGAAGACACAGGAGACACCUGGGCAUAAAACAGAUUUGGACCUUUGGACGCAUUCCCGCAAUGCAGAAUGCGCUCGUGUAAAGAGGACCAGUGUAGGAGGGGAACACAGAGAAAUGGCAAGAGCUAUAGCCUGGGCCUCCACCUGCAAAGACAGAUGUUCCUCAAGUGUUGUCUCACACAAGGUGUGCUGUGGGGAGAGAGAAGCGAUUUGCGUGCCAAAAAUUGAAAAUGACCAGGAGGACACGCAAGAGACUAAUGGAAACAGCAGCCAAGACCUUUUUAUCACUCAAAAGACCUUCAUUGUGGCCCAGGACAGUUCAAGUGAAGAGAGCAUGAGUGCCAUACCAGCCGGCAUCAUCCCAGCCUGGCGCCCACAGGUGCGGGCAGUUGUGCCGGCCCAGGCCGUUGUGGAGAAAGCCACGCAAACUGAAAAUUUCUUCAGCUCCGAGGCAAUGUCAGUCUCAUGGGCGUUCCAGCGAAAGCACCAAGAGCCCAAGUGCUUGGAGCAGCCGAUUGAUCUAAGUUUGCCCAGAAAAUCAGGACUGGAGAUGCCCUCUAAAGCAAAAGGUGAGAAAUCGGACUGUUGCAUGUCAGCUCACAGGAAUGGAUGUGUUAUAAAUAGGAAUAAGGAGAAAAAUGUGCCGGAAAAGAAUAAAGGUAACAUGGGUAAGUAUGAGCUGAAAGCGGUUCAGACAAAGCUGAACGAAUCCUUCUUCUUCAAGGUGAAAGGAGAUGGUGACUCGCCUAAACCACAGUCUCCUCUGAUGAGACUUCAUGAUGCCGGUGUGACUAAAUCAAAAUUACAGACCACCAACGAACACGCAGUGUCACCUGGCAUCUUCCAUGACACACGCAUGGAUUUCACUCCGAUGUAAAAUAUGGUGUUGAAUAUGCUCACUUUGUUAAAGUUACAUUUGAUCUAGGCUAUAGAAAUACAUCAGGUGGCCAAAAAAAAUGUUUGUAAAAAUUAAUUUGAAUUUUAAGAUGCAUUCUCAUUGUUGUCUCCAGUUGUUGUCAGUUUUAACAUUUUUGCGAAAGUGUAAAAGUUAAUUUUGUCGGUCCAGAACAAAAGGUGUUUCAAACUCAUACUUUCUUCUACAAGGUUUUAGAUUUUGAAAUGAAUGUCCGUGUUAAUCUCAAAUAUUAAUGAUGUUUCUUGAUUUGUUGACUUAAGUGAAAAAUAAACCCAGAGGUUCUAAAAA